AUUAUAUCUUAUAACAAAAGCAGCAAGGAUCAUUGUUGUCAGUGCUUACAAUACUAAAUAAACAUAUUUUACAUAAUAUAAACGUGGAACUCUUAAAAAUAACUGUAUCUUCCGAAUAUUCUUUAGCCGUUGAAUCUUACGGAGAUUCAAAUUGUAUACAUAUAGCUACAUACACACACAACAGGUGAUGAUGGAGGGGGAAAAAAGCGCGAGCUGAAGACGGAAAAAAGUCGGUAGUGUUCAGUGAGUGACUGAAAUUCAGUCAUUUUGUGUGUACCGUGUGUAGGAUUGAUCAUUUUGUGUAUAUCGUUUCCUUGUAUUUUAUGUGUGCAUGCAUCGACGCUAGUGAAAGAAGGUUCACAGUUAUGUUAUCCAGUGUUUCAUCCAACGUAUACACACGUGAGCAGAUUAAAUGAAAGCUGCACAAUUUUCUAUUCCAACGUCGAGGAUCAUUUGUACGACGACUUCUUGUCGAUAUUGAAAGUCGUUUGAAAGAGCGUUCUUGCAACUAUAUAUCAAACUUUACUGGAUUCUGAUGACAGCAGGAGCAUCGUCGACUAGACAGAAAAUGAAAUAAAAUCGCGACGAUUAUUAUCAACCACUGCGAAAGCAUGACGUAAUAAUACAAUCGUCGAUUUGUGCACUGGCUCGAUCGUAUUCCGAACUGCAUCCUCUAGCAACUCCGGAGUGUUUGUAGCUUGUUACGAGUUGUUAACAAGCAUCAGUAGAAUUAAAACGCAGUCCCACGGUCAUAGAAAUUCGUAGCGUGCGAUUCUGCACGUCGCUCUAAAUAAAAUGGCUCUCUUCCGGAAGGUCAAUGAAAAGAUACCGAAAAGAGCGAUUCUAGGAGCAAUGAUGUUCCUAGCAUGUAUGUUCUCGUACAUGAUACGCACAAAUUUAUCAAUAACUAUUGUUGCCAUGGUAAAUACAACCCGAAAGGAUGGAGGAGUUGGUCCAGCCUGUGGCUCUGUCUCGUUAGCUAAUGCUACUCACAAAGCUGCAGAAGUCAAAGAUUAUGGCGAAAGAUUCGAUUGGAACCAACAUGUACAAGGUUUAUUGCUGUCCGGAUAUUUUUAUGGAGUACUUCCAGCGAGUAUUCCUGCUGGCCUUCUAGCUGAGAAAUACGGCGGUUCCAAAGUAGUUGCAUUUGCGACACUAAUACCUGCCGCAUUAAACCUAUUGAUGCCUUGGGCUUCUGGUCUUCAUUAUGGUUUUGUGUUUGUACUCCGUUUUAUGAUGGGCUUCUUUGGAGGAGCCGUUUAUCCUGCCCUUCAUGCGAUGAUCGCAAGAUGGGUUCCUCCAAGUGAAAAGGGCAUGUUUGUGUGGACAAUGCAAGGUGGUCCAUUCGGAACUGUAGUUACGUUUGCUAUAUGCGGACAAAUAAUCAGUGCUUUUGGUUGGAAAGCAGCUUACUACUCCACAAGCAUUCUUAUACUUAUUUUCUAUGCUUUAUGGACUUUCCUAAUUUACGACACACCGGAUAUGCACCCAGGGAUCACAGAGAAGGAGAGAUGUUAUAUUAAAGAGCAAAUAGGGACAUCUGUCUCUAAACAAAAAUUACAAUUGCCAAUGAAAUCAGCUCUAACUUCCGUACCUUUCUUGGUCCUAUUGUGGGCCCACUUUGCUAACAUGUGGGGAAUCUACUUCAUAGCCACUAAUGGGCCUAAAUACACGUUAGAAGUCCUCGGAUUUGACAUGAAAUCGGGAGGAACACUUACAGGAUUACCAUACAUAGCUAGACUCGGUGCUGGAGUAUUGUUUGCUGCAGCCGGAGAUUACGUACGAAGGAAGAAGGUUUUAUCUUUAGGAUGGAUUCGAAAAAUAUUUAUGAUUUUCUCGCAUAUGGGCCCAGCGAUUGCUUUAAUUAUAAUGACAUAUGCUGGUUGCGACGCAAUAACCGCAAUUGUCAUGCUGAACGUGGCAUUAUCGUUCAAUGGGGCUGCGUGUCAGACUAAUUUGCAGAAUCAUCAAGAUUUGGCUCCGAACUUUGCUGGUUCCUUGUACGGAAUUAUGAACACGUUUGGCAGCUUCCCUGGAUUUAUUAUUCCACCAAUUAUUGGAGCGCUGACAAACGAAAGGAACGGAGUAGAAGAAUGGCGCGUGAUGUUCUGGAUCUCGGCUGGAGUAUUUACAUCUGCGACGAUAUUGUUCUGGAUAUUUGGUUCAGCUGAGAUACAACCAUGGAAUGAUGUGAAAGAGCAUGAAGUGGUCUCACCCUCCGAUGAGGAGAAACAGAUGACUGAGAUACCUAUAAAGGAGGUAGCAACAGAAGACGAAAGCGAAAACGAACGGCUGUAACUUUAACAAUUAUUUAAGAAUCGGAAAAACGUAAUAGGCGUUGGAUAGGAAUUAAAAAUCUAUUACUUAAACGCAGCAGCAUUUUUUGAGGAUCGUCGACAAAUGUUUUCUACUUUGCCACUACAUACAAAACAAACGAGAAUCAGUUUUAUAAAUCGCACAUAUAACUGGUAAGCUAUUUUUGAGUCAAUUAUAUGAUAUUCAUUUUUAUACAUUCGUUAAUCUUGGGGAUUAAUCUCGUACAUUCGUUAAUCCUGAAGAUAGUUUGGGACACGUACAAAAAUCAGUCUUUUAUAGGGUAGAUCCUACAAACGUUAAACAAGUGAAUAGAAAAUGUAAAAAUACUAUAUAAAAUCUAACUAGGA